GCUGUCCGAGCGGCGGGGCCGGGACAGAGCGGCGGCUGUGGCCGGAGCGGGGACGGGGACAGCGGGGACAGCGCCAUGGCCGAGAAAUACGAUGUGAUCGUGAUCGGGGGCGGCAUCUCAGGUUUGUCAGCAGCCAAAUUGCUGUCUGAGGCUGGGGUCAGCGUGGUGGUCCUUGAGGCCCGGGACAGAGUUGGAGGAAGGACAUUCACAAUCAGGAACGAUAAAGUGAAUUAUGUGGAUGUUGGUGGAUCAUACGUGGGACCUACCCAAAACAGGAUUCUCCGACUGGCAAAAGAGCUGGGGGUGGAGACMUAUAAAGUGUAUGUGGAGGGCCACAUGUUCCACCAUAAGGGGGGAAAGUCACGAAAUUUCACGGGUAUUUGCCCUKCAACAUGGAAUCCCUUGGUUUAUUUGGAUUACAACAACUUCUGGAGAACCAUGGACAAAAUGGGAAGAGAGAUUCCUGUUGAUGCACCGUGGGAUGCUCCACAUGCUGAAGAAUGGGACAAAAUGACCAUGAAAGAGCUGAUCAAUAAGAUUUGCUGGACCAAAGCAGUCAGAGACUUUGCCACGGUCUUUGUGAACGUCAACGUCACCUCUGAGCCUCACGAAGUCUCUGCCCUCUGGUUCCUGUGGUAUGUGAGGCAGUGUGGGGGCACAUCCAGGAUUUUCUCUAUCACCAAYGGGGGCCAGGAGAGGAAGUUUAAAGGGGGUUCUGGUCAGAUAUCGGAGAGAAUAAUGGAACGSCUCAAAGGCAGAGUUAAACUGGAGAGACCUGUGAUCAGUAUCGAUCAGACAGGUGAUAAUGUCCUUGUGGAGACUCUGAACCACGAGAUAUAUGAGGGCAAGUAUGUGAUCAGUGCCAUCCCUCCAAUCCUCACAACGAAGAUUCAUUACAAACCUGAGCUGCCACCAAAGAGAAACCAGUUAAUCCAGCGUUUGCCUAUGGGGAGUGUCAUCAAAUGCAUGAUGUACUACAGGGAAGCCUUCUGGAGGAGGAAGGGUUACUGUGGUUCCUUCAUCAUUGAGGAUGAAGAGUCUCCCAUUGGAAUAACCAUAGAUGACACGAAACCUGAUGGAACUUUCCCUGCCAUUAUGGGUUUCAUCCUUACCAGAAAGGCUUUCAAACUGGCCCAUCUCAGCCAGGAGGAGAGGAAAAAGAAGAUCUGUGAGGCAUAUGCCAAGGCACUGGGGAUGAAAGAGGCUUUACAACCUGUGCAUUAUGAAGAAAAGAACUGGACCCAGGAGCAAUAUUCAGGRGGCUGCUACACUGCCUACUUCCCACCAGGCAUCAUGCAUUCCUAUGGAAGGAUCAUUCGCCAGCCUGUGGACAGAAUCUUCUUUGCUGGCACGGAGACAGCGACGCAGUGGAGCGGGUACAUGGAGGGGGCCGUGCAGGCRGGAGAGAGAGCGGCCAGAGAGGUACUGCACAGUAUGGGGAARAUCUCCAAGAGUGAAAUUUGGGUGCCAGAGCCAGAGUCAAAGGAUGUCCCAGCCCGACCAUUCCCCAGCACCUUCUGGGAGAGGAACCUGCCCUCGGCCCCAGGGCUGCUGUGCCUGCUGAGCUGCACCGUGUGCCUCACCUCCGUGGCUGCUGCGGGGCUCUUCGCCUGCAAAAAGGGACUUCUGCCCCGAAAUUAGCGGGGACCACACACCCSGUGGAAGCUGCACACCCCCUCUCCUUCUCUUUUACCAGAUGAGUGUUAUUUUGGAGAAAAGCUGCAUGGACAGCUGGAAAGAGAACAAGUUAUUCUCCUUGUGAUUUUUUUUUUA